UGUGGUGGGCAGAAUUGUGUGGCGCCCUCUGCGCCUGCGCCCCGGCACAAGGUGGGGCAGCGGGUGCCCGCACUGUAGGGUGCGCGCAGAGGUGGGGGGCAACGGCCAGCUGUCACACUAAGGGGCAGCGGCGGGAUGGCAGCAACCUCCGGGUCCUCGGACUUGGCCGGCUCUGGAGCGCCCCCGCCUGGCGGGGGAGCCCAGGCGGCAGCGGCGGCGGAGGAGGAGGAGCGAGAGGUGGUACGGGUCCGAGUCAAGAAACACGAGAAUUUCCUGGCCCCUGAAUUCCGCUCUUUCGCUGUCGACCCCCAGAUCACCUCGCUGGACGUGUUACAACACAUCCUCAUUCGGGCCUUUGACUUGAACGGGAAGAAGAACUUUGGCAUCAGCUACCUGGGCCGGGACCGGCUCGGACAGGAAGCUUACCUCUCCCUGCUGUCUGAUUGGGACCUCAGCACAGCCUUCGCCACUGCCUCCAAACCUUACCUGCAGUUGCGGGUAGACAUUCGGCCCUCAGAGGACAGCCCGUUGCUGGAAGACUGGGACAUAAUCAGCCCCAAGGAUGUCAUUGGCUCCGACGUGCUGCUGGCUGAGAAACGGUCAUCGCUGACGACAGCCGCCCUGCCCUUUACCCAGUCCAUCCUGUCUCAGGUGGGCCGCACUUUGUCUAAGGUCCAGCAGGUGCUGAGCUGGUCGUAUGGGGAAGAUGCCAAGCCCUUCAAGCCGCCUCUGAGUGAUGCCGAGUUUCACACGUACCUCAAUCACGAGGGUCAGCUCUCCCGCCCCGAGGAGUUGCGCCUGCGCAUCUACCAUGGUGGUGUGGAGCCCUCAUUACGGAAGGUGGUAUGGCGGUACCUGCUGAACGUGUACCCAGACGGACUGACAGGCCGGGAGCGGAUGGACUACAUGAAACGCAAGAGCCGAGAGUAUGAGCAGCUCAAGAGUGAGUGGGCGCAGCGAGCAAGCCCGGAGGACCUGGAAUUCAUCCGGAGCACGGUGCUCAAGGACGUGCUGCGCACCGACCGGGCCCACCCCUACUAUGCAGGGCCCGAAGACGGCCCGCACUUGCGGGCGCUGCACGACCUGCUCACCACCUAUGCUGUCACCCACCCCCAGGUCUCCUAUUGCCAGGGCAUGAGCGACCUCGCCUCGCCCAUCCUUGCCGUCAUGGACCACGAGGGACACGCCUUCGUCUGCUUUUGUGGCAUCAUGAAGCGCCUGGCCGCCAACUUCCACCCCGACGGCCGCGCCAUGGCCACCAAGUUUGCCCACCUCAAGCUGCUGCUGCGACACGCUGACCCCGACUUUUACCAGUACCUGCAAGAAGCAGGCGCCGACGACCUCUUCUUCUGCUACCGCUGGCUGCUGCUCGAACUCAAGCGCGAGUUCGCCUUCGACGAUGCCCUACGCAUGCUUGAGGUCACCUGGAGUUCGCUGCCGCCCGAUCCUCCUGAACACGAGGUGGAGCUCAUCGGCCCCCCCAGCCAAGCGGCAGACCCUGGCUUCGGUGGCCACAGGGGGCGGCCUGUGCGGCAGAGGCACAUGCUAAGGCCCGCAGGCGGAGGAGGCGGGGCCUUCGAAGAUGCUGUCAACCGCUUGGCCAGCACCAGCCAGGGCCCUGGUGGCAGAAGUGGCGGCGGCGGGGGCCGUCUGCUGAGACAAGCCAGCCUGGACGGCCUCCAGCAACUCAGGGACAAUAUGAGCGCCCAGAGGGACCCUCUGGUCCAGCUUUCCCCACCAGCUGCCCUCAUCAGCUCCAAAUCCCUCUCUGAGCCCUUGCUGAACUCCCCGGACCCACUGCUCUCCUCCUCUUCCCACCCCGAUUCCCCAUCUUCCUCGUCUCCCCCCUCUACCCAGGAGGCCUCUCCCACCGGCGACUUGGCCGUGGGGUCCCCUUUCAUGCCGGAGGUAGGCUCCCCACAGGACACUGGGAAGGCCCUGCCGCCGCAGCCGCCGCCACCAGGGGGCCUGCCGCCACCCCAGGAGUUCGGCCGAGGGAACCCCUUCAUGCUCUUCCUCUGCCUGGCCAUCCUGCUGGAACACCGUGACCACAUCAUGCGCAACGGGCUGGAUUACAACGAGCUGGCCAUGCACUUUGACCGCCUCGUGCGGAAACACCACUUGGGGCGCGUGCUGCGCCGGGCCAAGGCGCUUUUUGCCGAUUACCUGCAGUCAGAGGUGUGGGACUCAGAGGAGGGGGCCGAGGCCACAGCUCCAUCUUGACCAGGCCCCCUGAAGCACCUCCCCCCAUCAACCCUGCCAGGUCAUUCUUUGCCCUGAGGGCCUUCACAUGAGACCCCACCCACCCCACCCCACCACCACC